GGGCAGGGGCGGGCCGGGCGCGGGGCCGGGCCCCCUCCCCAUGUCAACACGCGGGGCACGGGGCGCCUGCGCCGGCCCGGGCGCGUCUUUUCCUCUCAUGCGCGGUAUUUGCUUCCCCGGCAGGGCUCGGGGCCCGGCCUAACGGCGGCGGCCCCUGCCCGGGGCCGGGGCGGCGGUGCCAUCCCCCGCCGCGGCUCCGCGCCCUCCCGCCGUUGCCGGGCGGGGUCCGGCCCGGCCCCCUUUGGCGGAGGAUGGCCGAGGAGUCGCCGAAGCGGCGCAAGGCGAAUUUCAACGAGGCGGAGACGGAGGUGCUGAUCGAGCAGGUGCUGAAGCACGAGCAGCUGCUGUUUGCGGCGGGGCCCGGUCGCGCCUCCCCGGGCCAGAAGCGGAAGGUGUGGGAGCUGAUCCGGCACAAGGUGAACCCGGUGGCCGCUUGUCCCCGCGACGUGGAGGACCUGAAGAAGCGCUGGCGGGACCUGAAGCGCCGCGACCGCAGCAAGCUGUGCCGCCUCUCGCAGGGCUGCGGGCCGCCUGCUCCCCCUGCCCUCGGCCUCCUCCUGGCCCCUGAGGAGAUGCCCCCCGCCGCCGCGCAGCCCGCCCGCCGUCACCACCACCACCACCACCGCGCCUACGGCUCCCUGCUGCCCGCCGAGGCCGUGCCCAUCGUGGGUGGCAUCGACACGCUGGAGCUGCCCGGCGCCGUCGUGGGGGAGAUGGGGUUUAAUGAUGAUCCUGGCCCAUCUCAUCAAUCCAGUCUUGAGAAGAUGAACCUCAAAGAAGAAAUAGUAGUGAAGGUGGUAGAGCCAGAAGAAAGCUCUGAGGACAUGGCAGUGGUUCCACCUAGCCAAGAACAGCUAUCUUUUCUGGGGACAUCAGGCAGUGGUUCCUCUGGGAAAGUAAAAGCCAAAACAAAAGGCAGGUCCCAGGCAGACCAAAAUGAAAUAACUGAAGAGGACCUGGUGCAGAUUCAACAGACCCAGAUGCAGGUGAUCCAGUCUGGUUUUGACAGUGUCAACCACAAUCUUCGGCUGCUGCAGCAAGGCAUGCAAGAUCUGAGUAACAGCCUCAGCAUCAUGGCACAUACACUUGUUGCUAUCAAAAACGUCUAUGUGAAAAACAACACUGGCCCCACCACGUAUGCCACCACCUCUACUCAAACCACAGCCGGGUACCUGAGCCCAGGAUCCCCCCAGGUCUCUCCUGCUGAGGGGAGAGGUAGAGCGCAAGUGGCUGGAAGCAGCAGCAGAAGCAGCAGCUGCAGCUCCAGCUCCAUGUCACAAGAACCAGGUCCUUCCGAGUUUCCCAGGCCCCCCCUGAGAACCAUUAAGAAAGAACAUCCAAAUGGCUGCUACUACUUCUGCUUUGCAGAUAUGUAAGAACUUGAAUAUAUGUAAAGUGACUGUGCUGUUAGGUGCUGUUGUAUGUUCUGCUCCGGCCUGUGACUUUGAAAGGAGCAAAAUGGACUUGCCUCCCACAUUUUUCCCAGUGGGAAACAUUUCACUGUAGGUGGCAUUAAACACUAAUUUCCAGUCUCCUGUUUGUUAACUCUGUUGAAGCUGGCUAAUUUUAAUUCUGUUUUCUUUAUCCUCUUACUCUCUAAAGAAACCAACCAAACAAAAAACAUUUAUUUUGACUAAGACUCUUGUCUGUAUCAUCCUUUGUUUAAUGUGACCUUUUCAAAAAUAAAAGGCAUGAGAGUAGGGUAAAAAGUAACACUAUGGUUACUGAUGGUCAGGAGCUGUCUUACACAAGUUGCUUCAUUUUUUGAUUAAACAAACCUCAAAAGUUGUUAACUCUUUAA